AUGACAGCCGCGCACUUUGCGGCUGUCUCUCUAGCUGCGCCGCUUGUGCGCGACGAAGUUCUUGUUGCCGCGCCGAAUGAGGCCAGAGAGGCUCGCACGGUCGAACCUCGUGCUACCAAUGACAUCUCCAGCUGUGGUGGCAGGUGGAUGCCCCGGGACGACGUGACCAUUGGCAGCGGCACAGACGUGCGACCGGGCUUUGACUCGGCUGUCGACAGAUUCUGCAGUGCUGUCAACGGCAAGACGGUCCCAGCUGGAGGCUACCUGUCCAUGGUGACUGAGGUCUUCCUUAACGGCGGAAAAACACCGAGCCAGUACGGUGUUCUUGGCUUCCUUCACCUCGAGGUGCACAACAAGAUCAGCUCGAACCACGUCAUCAACAUCGACAGCUGCAAGCAAUACCUCAAGGCUCUCAGCGUCUCCGGUGGAAAAUGCUCAGGUGCCACCAACAAAGACUCCAAGGGCGGCACUUGGCAAGUCGGCAACGAGGAGGUUUCGUACCAUGCCAUUGGCGAGGAUGUCCCCUCGCAGCAGGACGCUCUGAACAAGCUGUGGACCAAUGGUGCCCUCAAGGUCCAGGGUGUCUCCAAAGGUUCAGGUCCCUCGCUCAGCCCAUGGCCGUUUAGCUCAAUCGCAAAGAUCAAGCCAGCUCCCUGCCACUCCCACAACGACUACGACCAGUCGAUCCCGCUGUGGGCAGCUCUGAGUGCCGGCUGUCUCACUGUCGAAGCUGAUGUGUGGUGGUCUUUCAACAGCCUCCUGCUGGGCCACAUCCUGCCCACGCUUGGCCGCACUUUCAAGGGCCAGUAUGUCGACCCCCUGAAGGCCAUCAUCGAUUACAACAACGGCAACAAGGCCGGAGGCUCGAUCGGCGUGUACCCUGCGGCGCCGAGCCAGACUUUUGUCCUCUUCGUCGACUUCAAGACGUCUGAUGCGCAGACGCUCGACCAGGUUGUUGCCGCCCUGCAGCCGCUGCGUGAUGCUGGGUACCUCAGCUACUACGACGAUGCCGCCAAGAAGUUUGUCAGCAGGCAGGUGACGGCCGUGGCGAGCGGCAGCGCCGAUUUCGGGCGGAUCCGGGACCGGAACGGGGUGCCCAACGCCGACCUCUUCUUUGACGCCAAAGUCGACUACUGGGACAACGCCUUCACGACGGCCAACUCGUACUAUGCCUCUGCCGACUUCAAGGACGCGAUUGGGAACCCGUCCAAUGUGGAUCCGUUCAAUGGCGCCAUGCGGGACAAGGUCGUGGCGCAGGCCUCGCAGGCUCAUGCCGCCGGCCUCAAAGUCCGCUAUUACAACCUGCCGGGCGAGUGGAUCUGGGAGGCGCUCGCCGCAGCCGGCGUUGACCGGCUCAACACGGAUGAUUUGUACAACACGGCGAGGAUUCCGAGGCUUUGA